GGUAAACUAGUUGCCAUUCACCGUGUUCCACGCCACCUUAGUGCCCGCCACGGCCACUUCCUCCGCUCGCAGCAGCAGCGACGAGUUCUUGCGUCUACUCGUUCUUGGCGCCGAGGUCCAUUCAUCUACCCACCAAACCAACCAACUCUCCAUUCCCCUCCUCGCAAGAUCCGCCGCCCAAGAUUCGCCUGUGCCAAGAUCCUGACCUUUGUCGAAAAAGCAAGAAUCUUUCCGACAGAGCGUAUGGUGGCGGUCGCGGCCGGGAGGCGGCCCGUGGUCACCCGCCGGAGGUCGGGCUGCGGCGGCGGCGCGCAGCAGCAGCCGCAGGCGCAGCAGCAGCGGAUGCUGGCGGUCGCCGUGGCCGCGCGCGUCGCCGCCGCCAAGCCCGCGGCCACGGAGGCCGCGCUCUAUGGCGGCGCCGGCGCCGGCGCCGGCGACGACGGCUGCUGCGUCGAUUUCCUCGUCUGCCUGCUCCGGGCGAUGGGCGUGACCCCCGCGAGCACUGGGCCCGCGCAGUUCAAGUGGGCCGCCCGCCCGCUGCGGAGGAAGCGGUCCUCGCCGCGCGUGGCGCCCGCCGAGGGAAGGCGCCACGACCUCGGGGACGCGGCCGAGCGCGUCGCGGGCAACGGCGCCUGCGCCACCGCGUCGCUGUACACGAUGCAGGGGAAGAAGGGCGUGAACCAGGACGCCAUGGUUGUCGUCAAGAAUUUUGGUUCAAAAGAUGGCACCAUCUUUUGUGGUGUUUUUGAUGGCCAUGGACCACAAGGCCAUUUGGUUUCCAAGAGGGUCAGAGAUAUUCUCCCUAUGAAGUUGAGUGCAAAUAUAGGAAGGGAUGAAUACAAAGAGAUGUCGAAUACCUCUGUUACCAAUGGGACAACUGAAGGAGGUAGCGCAAAACCUGUGGUUGAAGAUACUGAUGCUGCCCUUGGAACUGUGGAGAAUGGAGGGUACCCAGAAAUCUUCACAUCAUUAAGAACCUCGUUCUUGAGGGCAUUUUAUGUGAUGGACAGGGAUCUGAAGUUGCAUAAAGAUAUUGAUUGUUUGUUCAGUGGAACCACAGCAGUCACAGUGAUCAAGCAGGGGCAUGAUCUUAUAAUUGGUAACCUGGGAGAUUCUAGAGCUAUAUUGGCCACUAGAAAUGAAGAUAAUCAGCUUGCCGCUGUUCAGUUGACAGUGGAUCUCAAGCCAAGCAUCCCAAGUGAAGCAGCACGGAUCAGGGAACGAAGUGGCAGAGUAUUUUCUCUCCCAAAUGAACCGGAUGUUACUCGUGUUUGGCUUCCGAAGUACAACUCACCAGGGUUGGCAAUGGCAAGAGCAUUUGGAGACUUUUGUCUAAAGAGUUAUGGUGUAAUUUCUGUCCCUGAAGUGUCGUACCACCGCAUCACGGAAAAGGAUGAGUUUAUCGUGUUGGCGACUGAUGGGGUGUGGGACGUACUUACCAACUCUGACGUUGUCAGCAUCGUCAGCAAAGCCACUUCAGAGGCCUCAGCAGCCAGACUUCUUGUCCAGUCGGCUCACCGUAUGUGGAGAACACGCUUUCCCACUUCGAAAGUUGAUGACUGCGCCGCUGUCUGUCUAUUCUUCAAAACAGACGCGACAAAAUCCUGUGACCUGGGAACCAAGGAUUGGGCAAAUGAUGCAGAACCGGUCAGUGGUAAGCAUUCCUUGUCUGUCAAACCAAGCAGUGUGGUACCUGCCGAGCUUGUUUCCUCAAUGGUCCUUAAUGGUGACUCAACGCCUAUCGCUUCAACAAAUUUGCCGAAGCCUACUUCAGCUGCAAACGAUAGCAUGAAAGAUUGAGCUUCCUUGCGAACAAAUGACUUCAGUUCGUUGAAGAGUUGUGUGGUUUAUUGUGCUUACACUGCUCAAUGUUGAUGCGAAGACUGGUGCCAGUUUGAUUUGCAGUGUGUCAGUGUAUAUACCACGAUUUUGUUUUUGUAAAUUAAUAGCAAAUCAGUUAUAGGUCGUGAUUUGUUAUUUUUGUAAAGUAAUGUUUGUGGUCUGUCCGCUGUUGACGGCGUUGCCAGAUUCAUGUAUGCCACUGCCUUUUGGCCUGUUCAUGGAACCAAGUUUUUGUGGUGGGUA